UUACGACACCGACUCGCUUCUUACGGCAAACAUGGCGCUGCACACGAUAUCGCAGUAAAGAAAUGAGGUACUGAAGCAUAGAGGCUCGCGUGUUUGUUGUUUUGGCUUAUUUUUUGCUCACUUGUCUUUUACAAGGGUUUAUUUAUUAGCCCAGUUCAGCAGCAGCUCUUUGCGCCGAUUAGCAGAGUUGUUAAACGCUCAGAGAAAUGGCGACUCAGGGAGGCGUCGCGUUCCAGGAGAAGGUCAGCAGGCUGCUGAGCCGACAGAACGGGAAACCGGUGCUGAAACCCAGCAGGGCUCUGGCUCUGGGAGAUUCUGUAUCCAACCGCAACCUCAAGAAUAGAGAGGCUACCUGUAUCACCGAGAUUUCAGUCAUGAUGGCCUGUUGGAAGCAGAACAACUUUGUGGACAGUCUGUGCUCUGAUGAGACUAAUGCCUUCUAUGCCUGUGUAGCCAAGGCUCAGGCAGCUCUGAAGAAUAAAUCAGGACAGAGCAACCUCCAGGGUGGACGUCUGCCAUCAAAACAAGCCACAGUCCUGCUAAAGAGAUUCCCUAACCAGAGAUAUGAGAUCUGAGAAACAAACUGUUGAACCCAUUUGCUAUACAGACUGGAAAUAUGCAGAAUAACAGAGAAGCCUCUGGACUGAGUUUUGGAACUGGCUUUCAUCAUGUUACAGUGUUCACAGUUGUCAACUAUUGUGUGAUUCCAUAAUGUGGUGCUGUAUAUAUUUCAUUAAAAACUAAAUAAAGCAUGGAGUAGACUACUGAAAACGGUGACUUCAGCACAAACACUUCACUCUUUUAGUAUGCAGUCUUUGGUUUCCUGUUGUUAUUUAGCCACUCUUAUUUCUGACUAGUGUCCUACAAUGCACUCUUCGUAUUUAAAGCACAAUGUUUUUUACAGUUUGAAGCAUCAGGAACUUUCCCUUCAUCUCCCUUCAGUGCAGAGAUUUUAUGAGUGGAUGUGUUGGAAUUCUUCUACUUGGGUUUCAUGGUUCCUGGCCAGAGGGUUCCUAUUACAACUGACCACUAAAUGCCUUGUCAUUUCUGUGGAAGUUAGGAUUAGUGAACACAUGUAGGAAUAAAAUCAGUGCAACAGCUAGACAGCCUGACACAGAUUACCAAUAAACUAAGCCCAGUUUGGUUAAUAAAGACAUUCCUGAAUGCUUUAUUCUUUAGUUUCUUUCUCUGAUUGUGCCCUAUGUUUGUGUCUUUAGUGUGGUCACACUGUCUACAAAAUGAGAGGAUUUCUGAGUGCUGUUUAUGUAGGCAUCGUCCCGUGGUACACAUAAGAACGGAAAUGUAAUGGAGCUGCCAACAGCUACAAAAAACAAGACAGUUGCAUUCAAAAACUGCAGUUUGAUCAAUAGUGCAGCUUUACUUUACCCUGUUUUGCUCAACGUAUAGCCUAUGCUUGUUUUUUAUGCUUUCUCUCCCCUUCUGAGAUGCUGAUACGCUCUGUGCACUGCAAAAACUAAAUCUUUUUCUGUUUGUCUUAUUUUUAGUCAAAAUGUCUCAUCCCACUUGAUUUAAGAUAAAUUCACUUUACAAGUGACAUUUCAGCGAGAUGAAAUGUCUUGCUAAGUCAAACAAUCUUGAAAUUCUUGAGUUGAAUUUUCCAAGAAAACUCAAAAUAUAAUCCUCAUGUUGUACUACAGGUCAAAACUGACCCGUUUUAAAGUUUGAAAAUGUGAAAAUAUAUAUACAUAUUCACAGUGAAACUUCUGAUGUCCACAUUUUCAACAGUUUUGGGAAAUCUUUGAACAUUUUUUGGUGGGAAAAAAAAAUGUUAAAAAUGUUUAAGAACAUUCACAUAAAAAUCAACCAAAAUCCAGCAAAUUUCACUGGAUUUUGGUUGAUUUUUAUGUGAAUGUUUUUAAAGAAAAUAUUAGAGGUUUUACUGAUAUAUAUGUAAUUACUUCAGAUAUUUUUCCUCAUUUUUUGAAAAUAUUUACAAGAUAUUAAUUUACAAAAUAUUUUUGCCAAAUUUGUUUUAUGUGGAAAAAAAAACUUUGAAGGGAAAUUUUUAAGGAAUUAUUGGAAUUUUCUUCUUGAAGGUUUUGCAAAUUUUCAGAAAUUUGGGGCAAUUUUUUUUUACAGAUUUUUUUUUACAGAAAAAUCUAUUUUUGAGUGAAAAACUGCUGUUUUUUUAAAGCACAUCUGGCUUAUUUUAAGACACCAAAGCUUAACAAUCCUGGUAAAAUACAGCUUAAAAUAAGUUUUCCCAGCUAAUGUUGAGAUCUCAGAAUUCUAAAUAUCUUAUUUCAAGAAAUCUUACCGAGCCGUUUUUCACUUGUUCUACUGGCAGAUUUUUUUUGACUUAUUUCAAGGUAAAAGUUCCUUGAAAUAAGUUUUUUUUCUUGUUUUGAAAGGGGCAUUUUUUUCCAGUGUAAUGAGACGUUGCUGAGGAAGCAGGACGAUGCGGAUGGGUUUUCCUCAUAUUGACAUCUGUCACUGGGGUUCUGCAUCUGCAUGUGAAAACAUCUGUUUGGAAAAGACCAUAUGAAUCACAAACAGGAUUGAAAUGUUAUAAAAUUAUAAUUAUUUUAUGAUCAAAUGCUCUUUAUGAUUUCAAGCUACUGUAUAACUAUGUGACUGUGAACUCUAUAACCCAGUGUACACAGUAAAUUUCCAUGACCUUUGACCAUGAAAAUAUCACAAGUCGAUCCUGCAAGCAGCCGGUUGAAACUGGCUGCUCAGAAACUGAUCAUACCAAUGUAACUUGUUUAACUGUUUCCACCUAUUGCAGUCACUCGUUCAGACUCUGUUCAAAUGAUUCCUUGCACAACUACAACUUUGCUUUGACUUGAGAGACGACGAGUAUUUACUUGGAGAAAUGAGGACUCCACUGAAGAAUUUUCCUGACACUAGCUAGCUAUAGAGUUAUAGAUGCUAAGUGGCAGCAUUUAAAGAACUACUUCAUGCAAAAUGCUUUAGGUGUUGUGCCUCUUGAGCGGCAGGUUAUUUCCCCUGACUGACAAAGCUAUCGCACAGCCACAUAAGAAAUACAUAACUGCUUUUAAAGGCUCAACUACUCUCCUUAUAGCCAAAAAAUAAAUCUGUAAAAUGUAUAGAGUGAUGCUUUAAAAAAAAAAACUUACAGCUCUUACCUUGGAAUGCAUCAUGAUUGUUUUUUCAGGUAGUAAAUUUCUAAAACAUUUUUAGCGGAUAUGCUGAAACAUGCAGUAACACGGGUAUGGUACAGGAGAUGACACUGGCAUCUGCUACAUCAUGACCUGAGUAAAUGCAAUAUACACUGAUCAAGCAUGACAUUAUCACCACCUGCUUAAUAUCGUGUUGGUCCCCCUUGUGUGGUUAAAAAUGCUCUGAACCAUUGGGCCUGGACCAGAGGACCUCUCAGGGUGUCCUAUGGGGUCUGGCACCAGGAUGUUGGCAGUGAAUCCUUUGGGUACUCUGGGUUGUGCUGUGGGGCCUCUGUGAGUCAAACUUGAUCCACUGCAUCCUGUUGAUUCUUGAUCAGAGAAGGAUCUCAGAAGUUUGGAGGUCAAAUCAACAUCUUGGGCGAUUGUCAUGUUCCCCAAGAUGUUUUGUGGUGGGGGUGCAUUUUACUGCAGGGGUAGGCCAAUGACAUUUAGGAUUGUUAUUUGCAUGAAGGAGUGAGCUUGUUCUGGGACAAUGUUUAUUUGGGUGUCCAAGUCUCAUCAACAUGGGCGCCAAAAUCCAAGGUUUUCCGGCAGAACACCGCAUAGUGCCAAUAUGAUCAACGUUAUUUACUUCACCUGUCAGUGGUCAUAAUGUUUAGGCUGUUCAGUGUAUAUGAUAUAAUUUAACUAUGCACUGAUCUGACACAACAUUAUGACAAUGUGAAGUGAAUAACAUUCAUCAUCUUGUCAUAAUGCAAUAUUAUGCUGGGAAACCUUGAGUCCUGACUUUCAUGUGGAUGUUUGAUGUGUACCACCCGCCUAAACUGCAGGUCAAGCAACCCCUCAACCCUCCCAUGACAACAGCAGUCCUUGAUGCCAGUUAACACCCUUAGCAGGACAAUGCACCCCGACAGACCACAAAAACUGCUCAGACAGAGCUAAGGUGUUCACCUGAGUUCCACAUUCACCAAAUCUAAAUCUUACUGAGCCUCUGUGGGAUGUUUUCCUGGAUAAGUCAGAUCUAGGUAGGUCCUACCCUGCAACCCAUAGGACCCACAGAAUUCACUGCCACCAUCCUGGUGCCGCAGGACAUCCCCAGAGGUCCUGUGUCCGUGAACCACUGACUCACAGGAGUUAUAGUAGCAUAAUGGGGACCAACACAAUAUUAGGCAAAUGGUCAUAAUGCUAUGCCUGAUCGGUCUUUAUAUAAAAUACAACGAUCGUAAUAACUCAAAGGUACAAUUUCCUGCCAACACUUAUGUACACACUUUAAUUCAAUAAUUUAGAACGGAGGAUAUUCACCUGUAAUGAUGGGUCAUUGUUGUAACAGAUACUGAAUACCUGAGUAUAUAUGGCAGUAGCACUAUGUUGCUGUUGACUUACCUGAAGCAGCCUUUGCCAGCUGAAUAGAUCAGAUCUGUGUGAUCAGACAGGAGUCUUUUCUAUUACAAAAGACUAUCUUAACCACCCUCUGUACACCCAAAAAAAACAAUAAAAAGACUGGUUGAACUGUU